UGUUUGCUCUGGUUUGAACUUGGAAACGCCCAAUAAAAACGAGAAUUAUUAAAAUCCUGAAGGCUUACCACAGAAGCAUCUCCUGUCUGUAUUCACUGUUCGCUUCCUAGUAGCAACCCUAAAUUCUCGAUCUUCCUUCGUUACACUACCAGAAAGAAUAAACCUUUGGAUGAUGGUUUCUUGACUGUGGGGGUAUCUUAUCUUUCAAUAAUCUCCAAUGCAAAAUAGUUAUGGUGUAGAACUCAGUCAUCCAAUCAUAGAGAAAGAACACACCAUUGAAACUUUGAAACAGUGAUUUUCAUGUCCACCAAGUCUUCAAUUGCAUCAGUAAUGGCAUGGAAUUGGGUUGUUCAAUCCCUUGCAAUGUUUAAGCAAGUCGAUCCAUCUAUUUUAAUUGGUGUGGUAAAAAAGGCUCUUGCAAUUUCUGAUGAUUUAGGAAAAGAUUCAAGGGAGGUGGUCUCCUUGAGAAUGUUAGAGAGCAUGUUUACUCAUGGCAAUGAAGCUACAAUUGAUACUCAUUCUACUCAAAAUGCUAAAAUCUCUUUCGAUCCAUCAGAGCAAUGUGAAGAUGUUUUGCACAGGAUAUUAGAGGAGACAUCUGAACCGAUGACAGAGUCAGAAAGGCAAAAAUGGAAUGUUCAUCCUUUUGUAAUUCAUAAAAGGGCUUCUCUCCCCAAAAGCCCCUUGGAAAAGGUCGGAAAUAGUUUCUUUUUUUAUGCAUUUUGUCAUAAAUUAUCAAAAAAGUUUAUCUUAUGUAUAAUUAAACAGCUUAAAGAAGAAAUUCUUGAAGGCAGUCAUCCGCUUCUUGCAUCAUUGAAAAAGAGGAGUUAUUUAGAAAACAUAAAUAUACCUGAAAAUAGUCUAAAUACAUUCCCUGAGGUCAAUGUCCAUUUUAAUGACCAAACUACAGUAUCUAAAGAUGAUUUGGCAUCAAUGAAUCUUAGAAACGAAAACAACAAAUUACCAAAAAGCCCGUUGCAGAAUCCUGAUGAUGUAGACAAUGCCACUAGAGGAAAUACAGAGCAUAUUCAAAGAAAAGAAAAUGAAAUACCUAAAGAACCCCCUGCAAAAGGCUUAGAGGAGAACACAUUGAUGGAUCACAAUGACCAGACUCCAUCAAAGAAUCUUGAACAGAAUUGUGAUGAUCUAAAUGCUGACCAUGGUCAACAAGAGUUGACCGAUGAGAAAUGUGAUGAUGAAAUGACUAACAUUGCUGCCAUGAAAGAAGCUUUCUUGAACUCUCAACAUACACUGAGUCAAGAUUCCAUGGCUACAAUUGACUCUACUGAAAUAUGUCUUUGUAUGAAGUGUAACAAUGGUGGUGAGUUGUUAGUUUGUAGUUCUGACACCUGUCAGUUAAGAGUUCACGAGAGCUGUUUGGGAUCUACUACUACCACACUUGACAAAAAUGGAAAGUUUUUAUGCCCAUUUUGUGCAUAUUCUCAUGCAAUAUCAAUGUAUCUUGAAGCUAAGAAAAAAACUUCCUUGGCUAGAAAAGACUUACAAGCCUUUAUGAGUUCAGCAGUCAAACAUAGACCAAAUAAGUCAACACAAACUGAAGCUCUGGGUCAAAAAGUCAAAGGGAAUGUCAAUGGGCAUACUGUGAGGAGAGAUACAGAAGAUCGCACACCAAAUGAGCAUAAACAGAAAUGCAAUGAAAACGAAAGCCAUGUGUCAAAAACUCACUCAAGAAGAUGCCGUGACCAAAAACCACAGUACACAUCUCCAACAAUUCCUUUAAUACGGCGAAACAAACUCCAAUGGACAAUGUCAGAGGUGGAGAUAUUAAAGGAAGGGGUGCAGAGAUUUUCGAGUAAUAAUAAUAGCAAAGGAUUUCCAUGGAAGGAUAUUUUGGAUUUUGGAGGGGAUGUGUUCCACAAAAGUCGUACUACAAUUGACUUAAAAGAUAAAUGGAGAAACUUAUGCAAAGGAAGCCCUGCCAAAAAGAAGCAAAGACUGUAAAAUUGUGCAAAGCUCAGGGGUUGCUAGAAGAAUAAUAUUUUUUGUAGCAGACUAUAUGUAAAUAUUUUUUUGGGUCUUUUUUGUUUGUUGUGAAAGAUUGUGCUGUAUGUUGUAAAUAUGAUGAGACAUGUGAUGUAUAGAUCCACUUGAAUAGUUUAUUUAGGGGAGUAUUGAUUGGUAAAAAAAAUGGUAAUGUUAGUUAAUUUAAUUUGUGCAUGGAAA